AUGAUAAUGAUAAUGACGACGACGAUGAUGAUGACGAAGUACUGUAAUUGUUACUGUUGUCAUGAUGAACUCAGUAGUUCACUCAAUCUUUUUUAUUUAGCAAUAUGUGGGGGUGUAGAUGCAAACAUAAGGAAGUGAUGGACAAAAGUAGGAAAUGGCUUGAGUUAGAUCCUGAUAAAGAAGAAGAAUGCGAUCCGCAUCACAGUGCUGCAUGUAGCUUACGGCUUAAGAAACAGGUAAACGAUCGUUGUUGGCGGUUAUCUACCAUUCCUUGUAGAUUCCUGCAUUCUCCAUGUUGAUGAUGUAAAAAAAUUGACAUCUGAACAAACCCCUAAAAGGUGUUGGGAUAUCUAAACACUCUUAAAAGGAUCGGCAUUUGGACCCUUUAAGGACCAGAGGUACACACCGGGUUUACUAAAUUGCUAUUGCUAUCAAGGCUCCUAUUAAAUGAUUGUUUCUGUAAGUACGAAUAAAAAAAUAUAUAUUUAGUCGUAUCACCAUUAAAUGACACCAGCCUCAUAGAUACAGACGCACCAGUCACGUACUUAUCUUCCCGACCUGGUCAUGAAUGCCCUGCUAUAACAUGCUAUAAACUACUUCUAAGUCACCUUCUUCGUCACGUUACGUAUCUGAAUCGGUCAUGUACUCAUCUGGUUGCUGAAUGUCAUGUAUCUUGUUGUUGGCCUAAGUUUCAAUCCAUUCCAACAGACGACGCGAAACAAUGUCAAUAUCAAUAUCAAACUAUAGCCUUAAAUCACAAAACUGGACCAUCAUUUUUGGAAUUCAAUUGAUGCAAAAAAAGUUUUAGCCUUUUUUAAAAAAGAUAGCAAAUAGCAUGACAUCGUCCCGUGACGCUGGUGGUAAAGUUUCCGCUUUAUCUUGAGUUGAUUCGCUUCUUAUAGUUCGCUGUCAAUUCAAACAGGGCGAAAGUUAUCUAUCCUGUCCCUCAUCACAAAGCGAAAUUGCGUGUGGCACGCGCAAAUACUACAACUUCAACAUGAAUUUCGAAUCGUGCAACUUUAGGGAUAUUAAGAAAAUAACGUGUCGAAGUUCGCGCGGUUUGUCCCAAAUGGUAAAAGUAGACGAAUAUCAGGACACAAUUACGACUCAGCUUGAAAUCUGUCAUCUAUCAAAGUCUGGACUCAGUGAAGCGGAACUAAUACUGUCAAGGGCCAGUCAUUUUGACGUUGCAAAAGAUCAAGUGGAGUAGAUGGUAAUUUUCCCACAACAUCGGCAUAAACUCGGAAAAUUUUGGAGGCCACCUCGUUCUUGCCAGUAUCCAUCGCACAGUGGACCAAGAAAGAAACAUUGUAACGAAAGGCAUGUAAUUGGUUUGGAGACUGCGAAGAACAUACAUGCAGUCGAUUUUUAAAGUCACUGUGAGAAUAGGAUCACGUAAAAAUUAAAAAUCUUAUAAUAAUUCAAUUACUUAAUUCGUUAUCACGAUGAGUGUUUUUUUCCUUUGAGAAGACAAAGAGAAAAGGGAAAUUUUUUUGAUGAUAAUGAUAAUGACGACGACGAUGAUGAUGAGAAGUACUGUAAUUGUUACUGUUGUCAUAAAAAUUUCAAGAUCAUGAUGAACUCAGUAGUUCACUCAGUCUUUUCUAUGUAGCAUAUAUGUGGGGCUGUAGAUGCAAACAUAAGGAAGUGAUGGACAAAAGUAGGACAUGGCUUAAGUUAGAUCCUGAUAAGGAAGGAGAAUGCGAUCGGCAUCACAGUUCUACAUGCAGCUUACGGCUUAAGAAACAGGUAAACGAUCGUUGUUGGCGGUUAUCUACCUCUCCUUGUAGAUUCCUGCAUUCUCAAUGUUGAUGAUGCAAAAAAUUGACAUCUGAACAAACCCUUAAAAGGUCUUCGGAUAUCUAAACACUCUUAAAAGGAUCGGCAUUUGAACCCUUUCAGGACCAAAGGUACACAUCGCGUUUACUAAAUUACGCGCUGCGGCAUUUAUUAUUCCGAUUUUGCGACUUAGCUGCAGCGCUCAUUUGCGGAAUGCGAUUAUUUUGAGGGCGGCGCUCCUCAUAGAUUUAUAAAAAAGAUGGUUCCUUUUGGUGAAAAAAAUGGGUUUGCUAACUUUCGCUGUUCCGAACUACAAAACAGUGCUAGGCAGAAAAAUACGUUUCCAACAUUGUUUUAGGAAGAGUGUCAUGUUUGGGUUGUGUUUUUUUGCUUUCACGGCGGGGCUUAAAUAGGGGCGGUUCUUUAUCAAGGGUGAUAUAAUAUUGCGUCCACUUUCCAAAAUAGCCAAAAUGUUUUGUUUCAAACUCUUGGCGAACUGUAGUACAGUAUUGACAAAAUAAAUUUUAAAGACGACUUCUAUUCUAUCAGAUUGCUAAAAGAAACUUUCGCCCCUGAGACCCCACAAACAGACAGGCUUGCAGACGCUAACUGGACGCCUGGAUGUUGGAGUGGGAUUGGAAGUGGUAGUUCGCCGGAAGACGUACAUACAGACGAGAUUCCUGAAGUAUCCGAUGAUGUCGUUGCUGAUUUCAACGAGGGAAUGGCGAAAAUACCUAGACAUUCAAAAAGGGACGACCUCAUGCCACUAACAUUCCAACUGUCCACGACAUGGGAGGAAGUAAUACCGGAUGAAAGAAAAACUUGCAUAGCGAAAGCAACGAAAGGAUGUAAAGUAAUCUGCAGUGUUAUAGCUCCGAAAGAUGGCAAAAAGCUUUUUCAAGCGGUACACCAGCCUAUGCGAACGAUCUCGAUGAACUAACAGAGGAUCUUAUUGCUUUGAUGUCUGCAUAUCGAGAUGCCAUGUCAAAGAAUGUUAAGAUUCAAAUACUCAGCAUCUACGCUUAUCGGUAUACCAUGAAGCUGUUACAGAAAUUCCACGAACCUUAUGAAAAGAUAAGUUUGAGACAAAUAAAAAGAACGAGAUUGCAUGCAAGGAAACGAGGGCCUGGGUCAAAUGUCCCGAAAGUAUUCAGCCAUCGAGUACGUCUAGACACAAGCAAAGUCAACCACUUUAUAUAGUUUGGAACCGUCCUUAUUUCUACCUUAGAUGGGGGAGGCAAAAUAACAAUGCCAAACGUAAUCCGGACCGCGACUAGAUAGACCAUGAUUAUGUAUUACCUUCAACAUCGCAAAGAAGAAUCAUUUGAACCGGCUAGCCGCUCAACCCUUUUUCGCAUUCUUGAAGUAAGAGAGGCUUCAUAGAAGAAGUCUCUCAGUGGUCUGGACAACAUUGCAGCAGAAGGGGUCGCAUCUUUUGAGUGGCUAUUGAGUAUUCUGGAAGAGUUGAAUCAGGCUCGUGCCGACAAAAGAAUAGUUACAGAACUGGCAAAGAGAUUGAACGAUGGCAAAGGAUACCUGAAGACGGAGUUUAAAGUGAACUGUUCAGCAGAGGAGAGUGAGUGCCCAGACCACCGCAGAAAAUUUGCGUUAAGCGAUCCAGUUGGUCCAUGCUUCAACCAUCAGUCCUCACACACACAAUAUGAACAAUGCGAACAAAUGAAGGCAACGUUGGACGAGAUGGAAGAAAGUAUAAAGAAACACUUUAGCCAUGCAUCUUUACAGCCAAGAACAAAAGCAUGAUCUUCUUUACGAUUUUGAAAGAUCUAAGAAUGGCAUUUUUCUUUGGAAAUCUCAUGCCUUACACUCUAUUAACCAAGAAUCUGCUAAACGAGAAGCCCUCCAAUCAGUCCUUGUUGUUAUUGACUGGGCGAUGAAAUUUCUUCAAAUGAAAUACAGAGAAAAACAAAGUGAAUGGUUUGCUAAAAGAGGCCAUAGCUGGCAUAUAAGCAGUGUGAUCUCAAAAGACCAAGAAACUCAGAAAGCUAAGGUCCUGUCGUAUGCCCAUUUAUUAGAUUCGUGUUGUCAAGAUUGAUAUGCGGAUGAAUCUAUUUUAGAAAACCCUUUUUAAAACAUCAAAGUAAAUUUUCCAAAUGUUAAGCAGGCAUUUCUACGUUCUGACGAGGCUGGCUGCUACCAUUGCAAUCAGCAGCAGUCAAAGAUAUUGGAGAUCGAGUGGGAAUUACAGUUGCACAUUACGAUUUUUCAGAGCCCCAGCAAGGAAAGGUUGUUUGUGACAGG